UUUACGGGCAGAAGCAGGUGAAGUGACAAGCCGGCGCCAAUUCGAAUGGAGAUAAGGUUUUUCACUUGUUCGUUGGUUGGCUACUGUAAUCUCAUCUGCUAAUCUCGUGGCUCUUAACUCCCUCCUUCCAUCUCUCUUCUUUCUUCCUUCCCUUCCCCAACUUCAAACUCAAUCAGCUUUCUCUUCUUCCGUUAAACCCUAAGCAAUGACCCUUUCUCUCCAAGCCUCCCUUAUCUGCAAUCCUUGGCCUUCUCUUCCUAAACCACGCUUUCGCCGUUCUUCUUCCCCUCAUUCCAAUCUUUCUUCUGUUCCCAAACACUCUUUCCCUUCUACUUUUCUGAAUUCCCCAUUUUAUGCACGUCCUUUCUCAAUCGCUUGCACAUUGCUUCCCGAAAACGUUAACUCCGGCUCCAAAUUCGAUACCCAUGUUGAAGAUUCCAAACCCGAAGCUUUAAUUUCGGAUUCUGAAAACCCCACCGCCAUCGAUGAGUUCGUGAAUGUUAGCGAGGGAGCUGAAGUCAACAACAUCGACGGGGAAACUGAGAAUGUGGUGGAGACUGAUAGGCUGAAUGAUAACUUGGUGGAAAAAGAAGGGCUCAAAAGCAAAAUCCCUGCCGUGGUGUUUUUAAUGGGAGUUUGGGCAAUGGUUAAAAGGGGAAUGGACAAAGCGGUGGCUUCGGGUUGGUUCAAUUGGUGGCCCUUUUGGCGUCAGGAAAAACGGCUUGAUCGCCUCAUUGCAGAAGCCGACGCCAAUCCCAAAGACGCCGCUAAACAAAGCGCUUUGUUGGCUGAGCUUAAUAAGCACAGUCCUGAGUCUGUGAUUAAGCGAUUUGAAGAAAGGGAUCAUGCGGUAGACAGUAGAGGAGUUGCUGAAUAUCUUCGAGCUCUGGUAGUCACUAAUGCCAUUGCUGAAUACCUUCCGGAUGAACAGUCUGGAAAGCCUUCUAAUCUUCCUACUUUGUUGCAAGAAUUGAAGCAGCGAGCAUCAGGAAACAUUGAUGAGUCCUUUUUAAACCCUGGAAUUUCGGAAAAGCAGCCAUUGCAUGUGGUGAUGGUUGAUCCUAAAGUUUCAAAUAAAUCACGAUUUACGCAAGAGCUUAUUUCAACUAUCUUGUUCACUGUCGCUGUUGGAUUGGUUUGGAUAAUGGGUGCUGCUGCACUUCAGAAGUAUGUAGGAAGCUUGGGUGGAAUAGGAACUUCAGGUGUUGGAUCAAGUUCCUCUUAUGCCCCCAAAGAUUUGAACAAAGAAGUGAUGCCAGAGAAGAAUGUUAAGACAUUUAAAGAUGUCAAAGGCUGUGAUGAUGCAAAACAAGAGCUUGAAGAAGUAGUGGAGUAUCUCAAAAACCCAUCAAAGUUCACCCGCCUAGGGGGGAAGUUGCCAAAGGGAAUCCUUUUGACUGGAGCACCUGGAACUGGAAAAACCUUGCUAGCCAAGGCUAUUGCGGGGGAAGCUGGGGUACCUUUCUUCUAUAGAGCAGGAUCUGAAUUUGAGGAAAUGUUUGUUGGUGUUGGUGCUCGGCGUGUGAGAUCCCUUUUUCAAGCUGCUAAGAAAAAGGCCCCAUGCAUCAUUUUUAUUGACGAAAUAGAUGCUGUUGGAUCCACACGAAAACAAUGGGAAGGCCAUACAAAAAAAACACUACAUCAGCUUCUUGUUGAAAUGGAUGGUUUUGAACAGAAUGAGGGAAUAAUUCUAAUGGCAGCAACAAAUCUGCCGGACAUUCUUGAUCCAGCUUUGACCAGACCUGGCAGAUUUGAUAGGCAUAUUGUUGUCCCAAAUCCAGAUGUUAGAGGUCGUCAAGAGAUUUUGGAGCUCUAUCUACAAGAUAAACCAAUGUCUGAUGAUAUAGAUGUUAAAGCAAUUGCCCGUGGUACUCCUGGAUUCAAUGGUGCAGAUCUAGCAAACUUGGUGAAUAUUGCUGCAAUUAAAGCUGCAGUUGAAGGUGCGGAUAAGUUGACUGCUGCACAGUUGGAAUAUGCUAAAGACAGGAUACUCAUGGGUACUGAGCGUAAAACAAUGUUUUUAACAGAAGAGUCAAAGAAGCUCACAGCUUAUCAUGAAAGUGGCCAUGCAAUUGUUGCUUUCAACACUGAGGGUGCACAUCCAAUCCACAAGGCAACAAUCAUGCCCCGUGGAUCUGCUUUAGGAAUGGUUACGCAGCUGCCUUCAAGUGAUGAAACUUCAACUAGUAAGAAGCAAUUAUUAGCUCGUCUUGAUGUUUGUAUGGGAGGAAGAGUUGCAGAAGAGCUCAUCUUUGGCCAAGACCAUAUCACAACUGGGGCAAGUAGUGAUCUGCACACAGCUACAGAGCUUGCUCAAUAUAUGGUAUCAAAUUGUGGGAUGAGUGAUACAAUUGGACCAGUUCAUAUUAAAGAGCGACCAAGUUCAGAAAUGCAAUCUCGCAUUGAUGCUGAAGUGGUGAAGCUUCUAAGAGAAGCAUAUGAUCGCGUGAAAGCCCUGUUAAAGAAGCAAGAGAAGGCAUUGCAUGCAUUAGCAAAUGCACUUUUGGAGUAUGAAACACUUAGUGCGGAAGAAAUAAAGCGCAUUCUUCUUCCUUAUCGGGAAGGAAGGUUGCCUGAGCAACAAGAACAGGGAGAGGGGGAGCUCGCGUUGGCUUAAGCUUUAACUCACAUCUGAAGGGAGCGCUGUACAGUGUAUUUUAAGCACUAGAGAAUUAUUUAUAUUAUUUGUUGCAAAUCUGCAAUUGCCCCCUACCAUUGUCGCAAGACAUGUUAUGGGAACUGUGCUUAAUCUCCAGGGGGGACUGGGCAUCGAUCAGAAUGAGAUCCCCCUGUCCUAUGCAGCCUUAAGUUCAGAAACAGCCAGCUUAGAUCGUGUACUAUUUGUGAAAUCAUAUAUUGUUUGAACUUUUUACCCCAUCUGCGGGGGAAAAUUUUGAACUGUGUAACGUAAAAGUGACAUUUAUAAAAAUCAUUACUAUCCUCUGAGUUCAUAUUUA